CCGGCGCGUCCCGCCAUUGUCGGGGCAUGGAGGGCGAGAGCACGUCCGCGCUGCUCUCGGGCUUCGUCUUCGGCGCUCUCUCCUUCCAGCACCUCAGCACCGACUCGGACACGGAAGGUUUUCUGCUUGGAGAUGUGAAAGGUGAAGCCAAGAACAGCAUUACAGACUCCCAGAUGGAUGAUGUGGAAGUUGUCUACACCAUUGAUAUUCAGAAGCAUGUCCCUUGCUACCAGUUGUUCAGCUUUUACAACUCUGCAGGGGAGCUGAAUGAACCUGCUCUGAAGAGAAUCCUCUCAGGCUGUAAGAAGAGCGUGAUAGGCUGGUAUAGGUUCAGGAGGAACACAGACCAGGCCAUGACCUUCAGGGAGAGGCUUCUGCACAAGAACCUGCAAUCACACCUUGCCAACCAGGGCCUUGUCUUCCUCUUGCUGACCUCCAGUGUGAUGACAGAGAGCUGCUCUACCUACAGACUGGAGCAUGCCUUGCACCGGCCCCAGGAAGGCCUCUUCCAGAAAGUUCCUUUGGUGGUGACCAACUUGGGCAUGGCAGAGCAGCAGGGAUACAGAACAGUGUCGGGGUCCUGCGUGUCCUCUGGAUUCAUGAGAGCAGUGAGGCAGCACAGGUCAGAAUUCUUCUGUGAAGAUGGAUCCUUACAAGAGGUUCACAAGAUCAACCAGAUGUAUGGCACCCUGCAGGAGGAGCUGAAAAAAUUGUGCUCAACAGUAGAAGCCAGUGAGAGGGCUGUAGAGAGUCUCCUGGCAGAGGUGAGCCACUUGAAAGAAGAAAUAAAGAAGAGAAAGCAGCAGAAGUGUCCAGGAGAAGACAGAGAGUACCCAGGAGAGCCAGUGGAGAACAUUCUCCUUUGUCAGGCCCUGCAAACGUUCUUCCCCAACUCUGGACUUCAGACCUGCCUGGUGUCCUUCAAAGGCCAACAGCUAGCCAAGAACUGCUGCACCACUGACCAUAACAUCGAUGUCAGGGACCAGCUGACCCUCAUGGUGGAGCAAAGAGGCUGCCCUGAGGCCGAGCCAAGGCAACUCCCCAAGCGCAAAGGCAGAGGGAGCACAGCAGCAGCCAAGGCCGUCAAGAAAUCCAGGUCCUUGCAGCUCCAGCACAGGCUGCUUCCAGAGCAGGAGGACAGCAGCCAGGAGAGGAGACUCAUCCUGAGCAGCACUGAAACAGAUGAGGAAGUGCUGGACAGAGGGAUGCACACAAAUGAACACUCACAGUCUCCUACCUUCUGACCUGGGCACGAUGCAUCCGAUGACCUCACACCAAAAGCUCAGUUAGAGCAGCAGCUCCACCUGGCACAGCCUUGGGCUGCACUAAACUCACACAUCAGGGCAGGCUGGGGCCUGUUCCUUCUUCCAGGGUGUGAUUCCUGGUUGGAAUAGCCCAGCCCAGGUGACAUUCCCUCCUUUGGCCUUCCAGAGCUCGAUCUCUUCACUCUCAGGGUUCAGCCUCUGCUAAGCAGGAUGGCAGCACAGCACCUCAGGCUGCCCCAGGGUCACACAGCUGCCAGAGGAGUGCAGGGAACUGCCAAGCUCCAGAAAAUGCCACAACUUGAAGUCUUUUUUCUGGUUAUUCCUCUCCCUUUCCAAUCCAUCAAGGGGAGAUACUUGGUAGGAGGGGAAGGGAUGGAUUGGGAUUUGUUCCAGCACAACCUGUAAGCAGAAGAUGUGGCCCCAUCCAGAUGGGGAUUUCUGCUUCAAAACAAAAGGGAGGGGAAGGAGGAAAAAACUGGGGAGAAGUGGGAUGAGGAAUAGCAUCUUUCAUGCUUCCUCCAGAGAAUCUGAGUGUGGACACUUCAUAAACCAGCAGCUGACAGGCACUCCUCAGCCAGUGAGGCAUUAAAACACAGUUCCAGUCACCAUCAAA